AUGAAGUUCCAUGUUGAAUGUUUUUGUGCUCAGAUAUCUCCAAACUUGCUUCCUGGAAGGCAGACACUAGCGCUUACCGCUACUAGAAUCGGAUAUAGUGGUUACAAACACACGCAUAUACCAUUUAACAGAUUAUAUUCAUCUUAUAACUAUGGAAUAAUUGAUCAUUUUAGUGAUAAAAUAGCCAGACGGUUGGAUACAAACAUUUUAAAUCCUAUAGGAAUAACGACCCAGAUCAUCAAGGAUUUUUUCGCAAGUAACGGCAAAAUCAGUUGUAUGAACAAAAGAUUUGAAUAUGUGCCAUUUGAAUCACAUCCUAUUUCAAUUACUGAUAAUUUUGAUGAAUUACAGGUUCCACUGAAUCAUGUAAGCCGCAGUCCUAGGGACACUUAUUAUUUAUCGCAAAGGUACAUAUCCGACUAUUAUGAACUAAAAGCUGGUAAAUAUGCUGAUUUUUCAAGGGACACAAUGGACGGGUAUUUUGACAGGAAGAAAAUAGAUGAUAUGGGUGAAGAAUUUAAUCAUUCGUCCUACAAAGUUCUUCCAACCCACACAACGGCACACCUUCCAGGCCUUUUAAGAAGAGGAAUGACGCAUGCAAUAUAUUCAGGACAAGUCUUUCGUCGUGACGAAAUUGAUUCGCAACACUAUCCAAUUUUCCAUCAAAUGGAUGGCUUCCUUUUGUUUUCAAGGGAUGAAUUAGAGAUUUUGAGAGGACAAUAUGGAUUUGAUUCAGACACUAAUUGUGAAGAUAUUCUAAUGACCCAUUUGAAGAAUACACUUGACGAUUUAGUUAAUUAUUUAUUUGGUUUUGUGAGAACUACUGACAAGGAUCCUUUUGAUAUUCACACGUACCACACUGGUAGCCAUAAAGUUAGCACAGAAAUGACCAAAUAUGCCGUGAAUAUUGAAAAGAAAUGGGAUUCGACAGCGUAUUUCCCAUUUACGCACCCGUCUUUGGAAUUAUAUAUUAAAAACAAAGGAGAAUGGAUAGAAAUUUUAGGUUGUGGUAUUUUAAAGAACAUAAUUAUAGAUAAUAACUUUAAUGAUAAGGAUGAUUCUUCCUUGAAAAAUUACAUAGUAGGGGGAUGGGCAUUUGGAAUAGGUCUGGAGCGUUUGGCAAUGACACUCUGUGAUAUAACUGAUAUUCGCCAAUUUUGGGAAACAGACCCCCGAUUUUAUAGACAGUAUGAAGGUGCCUAUGAGAAGAGGUAUUUACCCAUUUUUAAAAAGUAUAGCAAAAAUCCACCAGUGAUACGCGACAUUUCAUUUUACUUACCCAAUACGAAUGAUAAAUCAUUCGACGAAUCGCAAUUUUAUACAAUGGUUAGGAAAAUUGGCAAGGAUUACAUUGAGAGUAUUGAGUUUGUUUCUGAUUAUUAUAACCAAAAUAUUAAAAAAAAGAGUUUGUGUUAUAGAGUAACGUAUAGAGGUUUUGGUGAAAAUAUAACGAAUGAGUUUGUAAAUACCAUACAUAAAUCUGUCGAAAAUGACUUAGUAUCACAGUUCAACGUAGAACUCAGAUAA